GCCGGGACAGCAGGAGGGGCGGGGCCGGCUUGCGCUGCAGCGGCGGUGUUAGGGAAGGAGGAGGAAGCGGAGCGACACUUCUGAAGCUGAACGUGAAAGAUGCGUCCUGUUCUGAUCCACUCGAUGGAGUUUCUCCAGUUCACACAAGCAUGAGGCCGCUCACCUCCUCGUUCAUGACUCGGCUCCAUCACACUCCUCUCUCCUUCAUGGAGUGUUAACGGACGCAGGAGCGCUUGGGUGUUUCUGCCCAUCGUCAAACACACACACAGGUAUGUCUGAACACACUGAGGUAUAGCAGAGAUUUUAAAGGUUUUUAUUUUUUUUUUAAUUUGAGCUCUGAACAAGAGGAGUGAAGAACGGAGAGAGAAAAAGAGACUAAGGGUCUCAUGCUCCGUCAAGCCAAAGUGCUUUCACCAUGAGCAGCGCUUUAGGCAAAGACAAAGACUGCAAAGAAAAGGAGGCCAAAGCGCUCACGGGUAAGGAGCGCGACAAGGAGCCCAAGGUGCCCGGCAGCCUCGGGAAAGAGGGCAAGGAGCCCAAAACCAAAGGGAAAGAUGCCAAAGAUGGGAAGAAGGACGCGAGCGGCGCACCACCAGCUGUCGCUUUCUCCGUGGACAACACGAUAAAGCGGCCGAACCCGGCAACCGGCACACGCAAGAAGUCCAGCAACGCCGAGGUGGCCAAGGAGCUGAUCAAAUGCCGCGAUGAGAACUCGACACGCCUAGACUUGUCCAAGCGCUCCAUCCAUCUGCUCCCGUCAUCCAUCAAAGAGCUGACGCUGCUCACCGAGCUCUACCUGUACAGCAACAAGCUGCAGAGCCUCCCAGCCGAGCUGGGCUGCCUCUCGGGCCUGGUGACGCUGGCGUUGAGCGAGAACUCUCUCACCAGCCUGCCGGACUCGCUGGACAACCUAAAGAGGCUGCGCAUGCUCGACCUGCGGCACAACAAGCUGCGGGAGAUCCCGGCCGUGGUGUACCGCCUCACGUCACUCACCACGCUGUACCUGCGCUUCAACCGCAUCACCGCUGUCGAGAAGGACAUCCGCAACUUGAGCAAGCUCACCAUGCUGAGCAUCCGCGAGAACAAGAUCAAACAGCUGCCCGCCGAGAUCGGGGAGCUGUGUAACCUGAUCACUCUGGAUGUGGCCCACAAUCAGCUGGAGCACCUUCCUAAAGAGAUCGGCAACUGCACACAGAUCACCAACCUGGACCUACAGCACAACGAGCUCCUGGACCUACCCGAGACCAUCGGCAAUCUGUCAAGUAUAAACCGUCUGGGCCUACGGUACAACAGGCUGUCGGCAAUCCCCCGCUCGUUAGCGAAGUGCCGGGAGCUGGAAGAGUUAAACCUCGAGAACAACAACAUCUCCGUGCUGCCUGAGGGUCUGCUCUCGAGCCUGGUGAACCUGACAAGUCUGACGCUGGCACGCAACUGUUUUCAGUCGUACCCGGUGGGCGGCCCGUCGCAGUUCUCCACCAUCUACUCGCUGAACAUGGAGCACAACCGCAUCAACAAAAUCCCAUUCGGCAUCUUCUCACGGGCCAAAGUCCUCAGCAAGCUCAACAUGAAGGACAACCAGUUGACGUCGCUGCCGCUGGACUUUGGGACAUGGACCAGCAUGGUGGAGCUGAACCUGGCCACCAACCAGCUGACUAAGAUCCCUGAGGAUAUCUGCGGCCUCGUGUCCCUGGAGGUCCUCAUAUUAUCCAAUAAUCUACUGAAGAAGUUACCUCACGGGAUCGGGAACUUGCGGAAACUGCGUGAGCUCGACCUGGAGGAGAACAAGCUGGAGUCGCUCCCGAAUGAGAUCGCCUACCUGAAAGACCUACAGAAACUUGUGUUGACCAAUAAUCAGCUGACCACGUUGCCCAGAGGGAUUGGUCACCUGACCAACCUGACUCACCUGGGAUUGGGCGAGAACCUCCUGCAGCACCUGCCUGAGGAGAUUGGCACUCUGGAGAACCUGGAGGAACUGUACCUGAACGAUAAUCCCAACCUGCACGGUCUGCCCUUCGAGCUGGCGCUGUGCAGCAAGCUUUCCAUCAUGAGCAUCGAGAACUGCCCUCUGAGCCAGCUCCCACCGCAGAUCGUCGCCGGCGGGCCGUCCUUCAUCAUCCAGUUCCUCAAGAUGCAGGGCCCGUACCGCGCCAUGGUCUGAUCUCGCCACCAGAACCGACAACACGAACAAAGACUAGUCCAUGUGCAGUUUAAAGAGACAUCCCCACCAUGGCAGAGAGAGGACACAAGUUCCCUUCUUAAACCAGUUUAGGACACAGUCACGGUCUACGUAAUAUUGUACCAUGCCGUGAUGCCUCUCUCUCACACACACACACACACACACACACACACACACACACACACACACACACAACCAAGAACUAAUAAUAAUAAUAAUGAUGAU